AUGGCGGCGGCGGGGGCGGGGGCGAGGGCGAAGGCGGCGGGAGCCCUGGCGCUGGCGCUCGUGCUCGCGCUCGCGGGGGCCAACUCCGAGGGCGACGCGCUCUCGGCGCUGCGCCGCAGCCUCAGGGACCCCGGCGGCGUGCUGCAGAGCUGGGACCCCACGCUCGUCAACCCCUGCACCUGGUUCCACGUCACCUGCGACCGCGACAACCGCGUCACCCGCCUAGAUCUUGGUAAUUUGAACUUAUCUGGUCAUCUGGUGCCUGAGCUUGGGAAAUUGGAGCAUCUGCAGUACCUGGAACUUUACAAGAAUAACAUUCAAGGAACAAUCCCUUCUGAGCUUGGCAAUUUGAAGAAUCUGAUAAGCUUGGACUUGUACAAGAACAAUGUUUCGGGGACAAUACCUCCUGCCCUUGGAAAGUUGAAAUCCCUUGUAUUCUUGCGGCUCAAUGGCAAUCGUUUGACUGGGCCGAUCCCAAGGGAACUUGCUGGAAUAUCUAGUCUCAAAGUUGUUGAUGUUUCAAGCAAUGAUUUAUGUGGGACGAUUCCCACAUCUGGACCAUUUGAACACAUUCCUCUGAGCAACUUUGAGAAGAACCCACGCUUGGAAGGUCCAGAGCUACAAGGCCUGGCCACAUAUGACACCAACUGCUAG